UCCUUCCUUCACAGAGCUUACAUUUAUUGGGUGAAAUACAUAAAAAGUAGAUACAGAGUUAUUGGAAGCUGGAGAGAGUAUUGACAAUAGGAGGGAGAAGGAAAAGGUUCACAUAGGAGUUGACACUUGAUUCGUGCCUGGAAGGAUACAAAGUAUUCUGAGAAGACCACUGUUAUCGGAUUAGAUUCCAUACACAGGGAAUAGCCUGGGCAAAGUCUUAGAAGUAGGAGUUGGUGUGCUGAUCUCAAGGAUCAGAUAUCAAAAAUUUUAAACUUAGAAGUGUUCGUUAGGAAAGUUAGGUUUGAGCUGUGCUGUUUUGAACUUUUAAUUGCCAAGGAACUUGUAUUUUGUUCUAAAGAUAACAGGAAACCAUUAAAGAAUUUUUAGCAAGGAAAUUAUAUGAUUAGUUCUAUGUCUUAGGAAUAUUAACUUGACAGUUGAGUGGUAGAUGGAUUGUAGAAGGGAGAGACAGAAAGUUGGGAGGGUAAUUAAUAGGUUAUUGUAAGAAUAAAGAGAAGAGAUGAUGGCAGCCUGAACUAGAUCAGUGGUUGUAGGGAAUGGGCAUAAAAUAUCUUGUGGAGGGAGGAAAUAUCUUAGAGUAGGCAUAGCAGCUGAUUGAAUCUGUUGUACGAGGGAGAGGGAAGGAUCAGGGAUGAUUCUGAAGUUGCAAAUCUUUGUGAUUAGAUAGUGAUGCCAUCAAACAGAAAUUGGUAAGUUUGGACAGAAUGGGUGUUGGUGAGAAGAUAAUGAGUUUCAUUUUGAAUGUGUUGAGUGUAAGGUUAUUGAGAUGUCUGGUACUCAUUUGACAAUAUGGAACUGGAAUUCAGGAGAUUAGACCAAGCUAUACAAGUUUGGGAAUCAUCUGCAUAGAGGUGAUGGUCAAAUACAUAAGCACUAGAAAGAGAAGCUCCAAAACAAUAGUUAAAGGUCAUCCAUGCUUAGAAAUGAAGAGAAGAAUGAUCUGAAAAAGAAAACUGAAAAAGAGUUUUUAGAGCAGUGUCAUGAAAACCAAGAGAGAAAAAAUGAUGAACAUGUUAGAAGCUGCUGAGAGAUAAGUAAGAUGGAGAAACUUGAAGAAUGCAGCUCCAAUUGAUGUGGUGUCAGAAGCAGUUGUCAAAAUGUCGAAAAGUGACUCAAGGUGAUACACUUUCCUGAUCUGGUUGUGCAACCAAUAGUGGAAGAAUUUGUGGAAGUAAACCUAUGUAGGAGAGAGGUUUCAGACUGUAGACCAUGCUGAAUAGAAUUAUACUUGGAAGUUCACAACAAGAAUACCACUUUUUGGGAUCUGCAGACACAUCACUUUUGCUUGAAGGAAGAUCUUUUUUCAAUUAGAAUCAUGAUGGCAAUGGAAGAGCAGCAACAGCCACAGAAGAAUAAUUUUUACUUGGAAUUACCUAAAGUGGAACUUCAUGCCCACUUGAAUGGCUCCAUUAGUUCUUCUACUAUGAAGAAGUUAAUAGCCAAAAAGCCAGAUCUUAAAAUCCAUGAUCAGAUGACUGUGAUUGAUAAAGGAAAGAAAAGAACUUUAAAAGAAUGUUUCCAAAUGUUUCAGCUCAUUCAUCAGAUUACUACUAGCCCUGAAGAUAUAUUAAUGGUCACAAAAGAUGUUAUUAAAGAAUUUGCUGAUGAUGGUGUCAAGUAUCUAGAACUGAGGAGUACACCUAGAGAAGAAAAUACAACAGGUAUGACCAAAAAGUCUUAUGUGGAAGCUGUUCUAGAAGGCAUAAAACAGUCUAAACAAGAAAAUUUGGAUAUUGAGGUGAGAUAUUUAAUAGCAAUAGACAGAAGAGGUGGAACUUCAGUAGCAAAAGAGACUGUUAAACUUGCCAAAGAAUUCUUCCUUUCCUCUGAGGAUACUGUCGUUGGCAUUGACUUGAGCGGAGACCCCUCUGCAGGACAUGGGAAAGACUUUUUGGAACCUCUUUUGGAAGCAAAAAAAGCAGGUCUGAAAUUGGCAUUGCAUCUUUCAGAGAUUCCAAACCAAGAAAAAGAAACCCAAGUUCUCCUGGGGUUGCCUCCUGACAGAAUUGGCCACGGGACAUUUCUCAGUUCAUGUGAAGGAGGGUCACUGGAUCUGGUGGAGUUUGUUAGACAGAACCGUAUACCACUAGAACUCUGUUUGACUUCAAACAUCAAAAGUCAGACAGUACCUUCUUAUGAUCAACAUCACUUUGGAUUCUGGUACAGCAUAGCCCACCCUUCUGUAAUUUGUACUGAUGAUAAGGGUGUUUUUGCCACACACCUUUCUCAGGAGUACCAACUAGCUGCUGAGACAUUCGGUUUGACCCAGACACAGAUGUGGGAUCUCUCCUAUGAAUCCAUCAAUUAUAUUUUUGCUUCCAGCAGCACCAAAUCUGAAUUAAGGAAGAAAUGGAAUAAUUUGAAGCCAAAAUUCUUACAUUAACUUUUGGAUAGGAGACUGUCUAGGAAGUCACAUCAUAGUCUUUGGCCUCCAUUUGGAACUACUUUGCAAUCCUUCAACCACCUGCCUUGAAUCAGUGUUUGGGAAAUCCUCUGAGAAUUUAAAUCAAGGGUCCUUAAUCAGUAGAUUAUAGCCCAUUGGUAACUGCUUAAGUUUUACCUGGCUGAUCUCUGGUUUGUCUGCUAAUAUUCAUUUCCACCCCCUACUCCUCCAAGAGAUUUAUGGGAAAGGGAGCUAGUCUAAUCAAAAACUCGUACACAAGCCAUAUUUGCCAUUGCCUACCCAGUAAUCAUAAGGCUUUAGAGAAAUCAUCCUUUUCCUUUCAUUCAUUCCCCAAAUAUCCCAGUAGCAUUAACAGCUGCUGAUGACAUCUGAAUCUCUCCUAAAGGGCCUGUUAAAAAAAAAAAAAAAAAAAAAAGAGAGAGAAGCAGCAAUCUCUCAUGGAAUCUUUUGUCCACUUGAACUGCCUUGAAGUCUGUAAGAUUCAUUAAUAAUUCAUUUCCUUCCCCCAACCAAAAUUGAUCCCUGCAAUAGCAGCAGCACUGCCUAGGAUUCUUCAGUUCCACCAUCAGCCCCCACACUCUCAGGGAAAAAAAAAAAACCCACUGUAAAACUUAUGUUGAUAGUUACUUCAGCUGGAGAUGGGACCAAACUAAUAAAACUUCUAAACUGGAGGACUAAGUAACCAAGUAGUAGGAUAGGAUAGAGGCAUACUUGUUUUGCUUUCUAGAAAUUCCGCUAUAAUUUGGCAUAUGAAAGUGCCCGAAGGAGUGACCUGAUUCUACCUAAACAUUAGCCGUUGCCACCCUUCUUUCUCCACUAUCUCAUCCCUCCCAAAUUUAAUUAGAGAUAGCUGUUGCUAUUCCCUAUUUUCUGGAGCCUAGAUUGUAGCAUGCAUAAAUCAUAAUUCAUGAGGAAAGGACAUAGGGUGGUCCUGUGUUUAACAGCCAUUAGGCCUAACUUCACAUUUGGUGUUCAAAGCCAUGAUCUGUUAUUCCUCAUGCUUCCUUAUAGCUACUAUGAACCAUUCAUUUUCUCCCUAACAGUUUACAUGAGUCUGACCUCCGGAAAUUUUUUCUUUUGAGAGUUGAUAAUCAUGAGACCAAAAAAAAAAAUCUGAAAAGCAGAUUACAUGUCAUUAAGCCCCAAGUAUGAGUGCUUAUAUAUACUGGUUUUUCUAAUGGUGUGUUCCCCAAAACAAUAGGUGAAUAAAUUGAAAAUUAAUAUUUGGUAAACUUGCUAUUUCAAGGAAACUUAUUAAAUCACCCACCAAGUUAUUUUUUAUCUGUAGCAAUUUGGAUGUUCACAUAAUAUUGGAUUUUUUUUAAAACAAAGAAAACUAGUAGUUGGUUGAAUACAUUGUCAAUCCCAGGGAUUUUCACCAUCUCAUCCAUCCUUCCCUCUCUAGGGAAGUCUGGGCUUUAACAAAGUGCCUCUGGCGAGAACUACCCUGAUGUCAUAUUGGUCUGUCUAGUCUAGCCUAUAGGGCUAGUGUAAAGCCCCGAAUUCCUUUAAUCUUGAAAAUGGAACUGUUUCUCAAAUAUAUUUGUAGGAAAAGUGGGAAGAAAGUGGAAGAAAAUCAAUAACUAUCAUAGUGAGCCAAGUUUUAACUAUUUCACUCUCUCCCCUUGAGUAGGAAAACAACAAAAACUAGUUCAUGUUGUUAUUCUUAACAGUUUAAAGCUUUUGGGGGUAAUGAAGUUAAAAACAAGGGUUAAAAUGAAGUGUGAGUAUAAAUCAUUUCCCUCCAAGCAGAUAAUCCAGACUUAGGAACCUUUAAAGGAAUGUCUGGAGAUAGGUUUGUAGUAGAAUGUUGCCCCAAGUUAGAAAACAUAACCCUGUUACAGGGGCUGUCUUUUCAGGGAGAUAUCGGGUUCAAGUCCUACCACAUUGGCUGUGAGUCUGUGGGUCAGUCGUUUCACUUUAGAGGCCGGGCAAUUAAGAUUUUAUUUAGAUCAUUGUCAGUGCAUUACUGUAGAAUGAAGUGGAGGAAGUUUCUGUAGAAGGCAGUUCCUCAUACUAGUGAAAUCACAAGUCCAGAAUUAUAACAAAAAUCUAUCACAAAGUUCUAAAAUAUUAAGAACACGAGACAGAAAAAUCCCUAGAUUAAAGUAAGUAAGUUAUCUGUGGAUGAGAGUUUGGUGUGGAUUUUGGAAUGGAAAAAUUCAAUUGUAUAGGGGUGAGGGGUCGGGAAGUAGCAUUUAGUCUUCACAACUUUAGUUCCAAACCUUCACUUUCCUGUAUCAAUAUAAUUUUUUAAAAUUUAUUAUAUUCCUAACUUCAGAUGGUACACUAGUGCUAUAAA